ACUUUACACCCGGUCUGUUGCACAAUGGUCAGUUGUUAUGUUUAUGUUUCGGACAGCCAUCUGACCGUGAAGUUACAUAGUACUUUAGACUAUAAAUAAGGCAGCUAUAGCCGUGUUCGAACCAGUUUCAGCUACUGUUGUGGAAAGGAAGGCGUGACACGUGCUUAAAUUUGCGGAUAAAAUUUUAGCUGAACGAAAGUUCUGUCUACUACAGAGAUGCUGGGUUCGAGUCUUGGACUACUGCUGUUGGUAGUAGGGGCUCAUUGUGUGCCGACAGCUCACCAGGUCAGGUCUGCGAUAGAGAGAGCAAAGGAAAUUGAUGCUCUGAAAACUGAGCUCGAUCGUCUAGAUGAGAGGGCUGCUGGGGCCCCGAGGACAUCUAGAUGUCCCAUGAUGGCCAAUUUUCACGGACGUCGUACGAGUACAGACAAGGAACAAGACAGGAAUGCAAACAUCAUGCUAAAUGCUGCACGACUUUUACUCAAGGAAGGCUUCACCCACGAAGAUUUGCAGAGCGAGCAUGUCAGGGCCGAGUUUUCCCGACAAACUGAAGGUAUCUGUCCACUGCCGGCCUUUACAGCUUGCGACAGCAACGAGAAAUACCGACGUGUCGACGGAAGUUGUAACAACUUGCAGCAGCCCAGUUGGGGCAUGGCAGGCGUUCCACAGAGAAGAGUGCUGGAGCCUGCUUAUGAGGAUGGUAUUGGAUCAGCCAGAUCGACUUCCGUCUCUGCAAAUGGAGGUCAGUUGCCAAAUCCUCGAAGAAUCAGCAACGAGGUACAUCACAAUAGGGGACCGGAAAUCAGGAGCCCUUCUAUCACACUGCAUACCUUCCAGAUGGGCCAGUUCUUGGACCACGACCUCAUUGCUACACCGGUCCAAGGAGACGUUGUAGAUUGCUGUUCGUCAAAUGCAGACACUCAAAAUUGUCUGAAUAUCAUAAUAGAAGGAAGAAAUGAUCCAUUUGAACCUAUUUUCACCGAAAACUACUGCAUGGAGUUCCAUAGAUCUGCACCAGUGUUUUGCCCCGAUGCGUUUUCCAAUGGCCAAGGCCGUCGUCAACAGGUCAAUGGAAUCACUUCAUUUAUUGAUGCAUCUAAUGUGUAUGGUUCAUCAGAAGAAGAGUUGGAGAAACUGAGAGAAGCUGGUACAGGUUUUAUGUUAACACAAGAUGGUUUCCGACUCCCAGACAAUCCAGAUCAGACCGCAUGUAAUGCUAACACCGCAGCCGGAGAGUCCUGUAGUCUGGCUGGUGAUCACCGUGUGAAUACUGUACCUUCUUUGGCUGCCUACCACAAUGCUUUCGUUCUUGAGCACAACCGAAUUGCCCGCCUUCUUCAGUCGUCCUACCCAGAUCCGGACACUCUUUUCCAGGAAACCAGAAAAAUCAUCAUCGCUAUCAUGCAGAAGAUUGUUUACGAUGAAUUUCUCCCGUCCUUCCUUUCAUCAACGGCGCUUGAAAAGUAUAAGCUGUUGAGUAGUCAGUCGUACGAAUAUGACCCGUCCAUCGACGCUACCAUUUCAAACAGUUUUGGUAUUGCAUACAGGAUGGGCCACACGUGGAUUCCACGUGAUAUGUCCUUAUUUGGACGCAAUCUUCGACCAAUCAACAUGCGUUUUGAUACUGACGCCACCUACAAUGAUCCCUUCCUGACAUACGUCAGCGGCGAUCCAAAUGGCAUGGAAGGUUUAGCAUAUUGGUUGUCCGGUCAGAAUUCCCCAGAAACUGACAGGAUCGUGGAAGAACAAGCUAGAAGCCGUCUUUUCAUUGACCGUGCCAACAAUGUUGCCUUCGAUCUUGUCUCUUUGAACAUUCAACGUGGCCGUGAUCACGGACUGAAAUCUUACACGGAAUUCCGUGCAAACUGUGGACUGUCGACUGUUUCAGCGUGGUCAGACCUUGUAGACCAUGAUAACGACAUGAUUACCAGAUUCCAGUCGGCUGGAUACCAGUCACCUGAAGACAUAGAUUUAUUUACUGGAGCGCUGACAGAAACACCUGUAGAAUCAAGUACAGUUGGUCCAACAUUGGAUUGUAUUCUUGGUGAUCAAUUUAUGCGUCUGAAGUUUGGGGAUAGGUUCUGGUAUCAAGGAGCUGAUGCAGGGCUAACUCAGGCCCAGCAAGCAGCUAUCAGAGGUUAUACCUUGUCUAGGAUUAUGUGCGAGGUGUACAACUUUAACCAGGUUCAAUAUCCUAGUGCUUUCAUUGCUACCGAUGCAAGGACCCGAUGCCGAGAUAUUCCAGCUUUAGACAUUGACGUGUUUAGACCAGCCACAACUACCACCACAACUACAACCACCACCACUACUACCACCACUACAGCUGCCCCAUCUGUGCAACCUCCACGACCCCCACCUAACAACAACCGUCUCCCUGGAAACAGACCACGCCCUGGUAGAACAUUCAAUAAUGUUCUUGCUGAAUUACUCCGUGAACUUGAGGAGAGAGACCAGCAGAAAUAGGUCACGAAGAAACCAUGGUUAUAAAACUGAGUAACUGAGAAACUAUAGAAUUUGAUUGGCUUUUAAUGACUUAAUUCUGAAACUGACAAUUGGAAAGUCAACAUUCUAAAACUGGUGCCCAUGCUUAGUGUUAUUACCUCGAAUUAUUGACUAUAUUUUUUCAGCAUUUGAUUGUUUAUCAGGAUAUGAUGGAAAAACUGAUAAUUUUAGAGAUUAGCUGUAAUGUGUGGAUGCAAAUGGUCAGACAUACAUUCCACUCGCACUAUAAAAUCAAGACAAACCAGUUCGAGGCAUAUGUCCAGUACGAGAUAAAUGAUAUGCUCGUUUUUUUCAAAUGCCAUUUGAGCCAUGCCAUGAGAAAACCAACAUAGUGGCAUUGCGACCAGCAUGGAUCCAUGCUGGUCGCAAAGCCACUAUGUUGGUUUUCUCAUGGCACGGCUCAUUUACUUUUGUACAUAUACCUAUUAAGUGACCACAUUACACAAGUCGGAUAUUUUUCAAACGGUUAAAACCAGUUUACGAAACAAAAAUCAUUUGCUUUAUUUUUGGAUAUUUUCUUUUACUUGAAUCAUAUAGAUAUUAUUCUUAUAUUCACUUUUAUUAUCAUAUCGCAAGAAAUUGUCGCUAUAAUGAAUUUAACUGCAAAAUUUUAAAUCUUUUUGUGAACAGAGAAGUAUAUCAAGUUGUUUCAUUGAUUGUUACCUGAUUAUAGCUCUACUUUUUACAUUUUGUUGAGUUUAAAAAUUUAAUAUUUUACUAUUUGUUACAUUGAUACAAAACAUCUUAUGAUACUUGUUAAGAUUACAAAAAGGUUAUUGUUGAUCAAUUUGAAAUAUGUAGAUGAUAUACUCUCAUAAUUACGUUAAUGUUUUUUCUUUAAUGAAUUAAGUUGCUUCAUAAAGAGAUCAAUAGAAAAGAGGUGUUCA